AUAUCUCAUUCACACUCUAUCUUUCUCUCUAGACUCCAAACCACAACAAUGGAUGAAGCAGUAGGAGGAGAAGAAUACCUCUUCAAAAUAGUAGUAAUCGGUGACUCUGCAGUCGGUAAAUCCAAUCUGCUCUCACGAUUCGCCAGAGAUGAGUUUGAUCUGCACUCAAAGGCCACAAUUGGAGUUGAAUUUCAAACACAGGUUAUGGAUAUCGACGGCAAGGAGAUCAAAGCACAGGUGUGGGACACCGCCGGUCAAGAGCGCUUCCGUGCCGUCACCUCCGCCUACUACCGCGGCGCCGUCGGUGCACUUAUUGUUUAUGACAUCACUCGUCGCUCUACUUUUGAUAGUGUUAAACGGUGGCUUGAUGAACUCAACACUCACUGUGAUACAACGACAGCGAGAAUGCUGGUAGGGAACAAGAGGGAUUUGGAGAAUAUUAGGGACGUUAGUGUCGAUGAGGGUAAAAGACUUGCUGAAGAAGAAGGGCUUUUUUUCAUCGAGACGUCAGCGCUUGAUUCUACCAAUGUCAAAGAGGCGUUUCAGAUUGUGAUUCGGGAAGUUUACAAUAAUGUUAGAAGGAAGGUUUUGAACUCGGAUUCGUAUAAGGGGGAGUUGUCUUCUAACCGUGUAAGCCUCAUCAAUGGCUCCAAGAACACUAGUUCGUGUUGUUCACGGUGAGUGAAGCCCUGUUUUUUUUUGUAGUGAUGAGGUAAGCUUGUAGUUUUGAUUUGGAUUUGUCUGGUUUUAAGGUAUACAAUGUUGUUACUCUGCCUUGCAUUUUUUUUUUUUUUUUUUGAGUUUGAGUUUCUAAUACCACAUAUAAAACAUUUGUUUAAUUAGUGAUUAUCAUCAUCUUUUGUAACA